AUGCCGUUUCCUGAAGAUAUUACUCUAGAGUCACGUGAUAAUCCUCUUAUUCGGGAUGAGAGGAAUUACAAUCGCGAAACUCUUAGAGUUAGAAACGAGCAGAUGUUAGCCACUGUAACCAGCGAACAGAGAAGUGUUUAUGAUGAGAUUCUAAAAGCAGUAAAUAAGAACAAGGGAGGUAUGUUCUUUGUUUAUGGUUCUGGAGGUACUGGUAAAACUUAUUUGUGGAGUCUAUUAGGAUCUGCUCUACGUUCCCAAGGUGAUGUUGUUCUUAAGGUUGCAUCGAGCGGGAUUGCUGUGUUGCUAUUAGAAGGAGACCAAACUGCGCAAUCAAAAUUUGCAAUCCCUAUCGUGGUUAAUAAGUUUACCUUCUGUUCAAUCAAGAAGAAGUCGAAUCUUGCCGACCUGAUAAGGAUUGCUAAUCUCAUUAUAUGGGAUGAGGCGUUGAUGAUAAGUAAAGACUGUUUCGAGACUCUAGAUAGAACGAUGUGUGAUAUAUUAAAAGUUGAUAAGCCCUUUGGUGACAAGGUCAUUGUUUUGGGAGGGGAUUUCAGGCAAAUAUUGCCAGUGAUUCAAAAUGCUGGGAAGACAGAGAUACUUAUGGCCACUUUGAAUUUGUCACCUCUGUGGUACAAAUGUAGAGUGUUGAGACUUACACAGAACAUGCAACUUAUAGCUGGAGAUAGUAGCCAUGCGAUGCUUGAACGAGCUGCCUUUACAAAGUGGAUCUUAGACAUUGGUGAUGGAACGAUAAAUGAUGAUGGGAGUGGUGAAGCCGUGAUUGAUAUUCCUGAUGAUCUGUUGAUUAAAGACUGUAAAGAUCCUAUAAAAACGAUCGUCAAAGAAAUUUAUGGGAGUUAUUUUUCGAAAGAGACUGAUCCUAAAUUUUUUCAAGACCGUGCCAUACUGAGUCCAAGAAACGAUGAUGUAGAGACGAUAAAUGAUUAG